UAUACAUUAGGAUUAUAAUGGAGAAGAUGCAGAAGCGAAAGCUGAAUGUGCAAGGUUUCAGAAUCAGCUUCGAGAGAUUCUUCCUCUCCAGAGUGAAGCAAGAUGGCGAGGGCCGAGAAGCUUCUCACUUUUUCCGGAACCCUUAUCCCGCAAAGUUUCGGAGAUUUUCCGGAAAUGCAAGUAGAUUAAUUCCCAUUGGGACGUUUCUAGAAAGGAAAGGGAUCUGAAACGGAGAAGAGAAAAAAUACGGAAGGAAAAAAGGGUUUCCAGGAAGAACUAUCUGGUUGGCUGUUAGGGAUAGACUUCCCUGGGGAGUCAUCUCGCGAGAAGCUCAUCCCGAGCUGACAUAGUCAUCCAAAAAGGGCAAGAAAAAAUUCCCCGGUCAGCAGCUCGAAAUCCAAGAUGGAAACGUGUCUGCCGGCGAGCUGCACAUCGGCGAUCGCCGGAUCGCCGAUCCCCCUGUUCGCGCACCUGCUGCAAACCCUGAUAACGGCACAGUGCGCGAUAACGCGGCCCAAUCAGUACCCCCGGGACAGGACGGAGGAGAUCUCCUCGUCGAAGGAGCCGGAGUUCGACUUCAUCGUGGUCGGAGGAGGAUCGGCAGGAUCGGCGGUGGCGGCGAGAUUAAGCGAGGUCGGAUCCUGGAAGGUCCUGCUGAUAGAGGCAGGAGAGGACCCAUCUCCGACGAGCGACGUGCCAGGACUUUUGCUGCAGCUGCAAGGAACGGCGGAGGACUAUUCGUACGAGGUGGAGCCGCAGAAGGAAGCCUGUCUGGGGAUGAGGGACCAGCGGUGCAAAUGGGCGAAGGGCAAGGCCCUGGGAGGCAGCUCCGUGAUCAACGUCCUUCUGUACGUCUACGGCAACGACAAGGACUUCGACUCGUGGGCGGAACGAGGGAACGAGGGCUGGUCGUACGAGGAAGUGCUUCCAUACUUCAUGAAAUCCCAGAACUGCGACCCGGAAUUGCUGGAAAAGACCGGGGGGAGGUUCUUCGGGAAGGGUGGACCCCUCGACGUGCGGAACUUCAACUACACCGAGUCCAGGAUGCAGGAGAUCCUGCUGGACGCGGUGAGGGAGCUGGGAGUUCCGGUGCUGGACUACUUCAACGGGGACCGGUUCGUGGGGUUCGGCAAGGCACUGGGGACGGUUGGCGACGGGCUGAGGGCGAACACAGCCAGGGCGUUCCUGUCGCCGGCGAAGGACAGAGAGAACCUGUUCGUCCUGAAGUCGGCCAGGGUGGAGAAGCUGGAGAUGGACGGCACGAGGGCGAUCGGCGUGCAGGUGAAGCUGAAGAACGGGAAGAGUCUGAAGAUCCGCGCCUCCAAGGAGGUGGUCCUCUCCGCGGGGACGGUGUCCACCCCGCAGAUCCUGAUGCUGUCCGGGAUCGGGCCCAAGGAUCACCUCCGGGAACUCGGGAUCGAGGUCCUCGCCGACCUCCCGGUUGGACGGGGCAUCCAGGACCACGUGAUCUGGCUGGGCAUCCAGAUGUCCUACGUGGACGAGGCGAAGGUGCCCAUCUCCCCGACCUACUUCCUGGACGCCGCGUACGACUACCUGGUGCACAGGAAGGGCGAGCUCGCCACCAUCGGAGGAGUCGAUCUCCUGGGCUUCGUCAACGUCGACGACCCGAAGGACCCGUACCCCAACGUGGAGUUCCACAACACGUUCGUCCCCCAGGGGGCCACCUUCAAGAUGGAGGCCCUGAUGAACGCCUUCGGCGUGGCGGAUGACCUCGUCCAGGAGUUCACCAGGUCCUCUCUGGACUCGGACGUCGUCUUCAUGGGUCCGGCCCUGCUGAAGCCGAAGAGCAAGGGUCGGAUCGAGCUUCGCAGCGCGGAUCCCGCGGACCCUGUUAGGAUCUUCGCCAACUACCUCACGGCGAGGGAGGACGUGGACACCUUGCUGAAGUCCGUCGACUUCGUUCGGAGGAUCCUCGACACCGAGGUCUUCAAGAAGUUCGGAAUCAAGCUGAGGCACGUUCCCAUCGGCGGAUGCGCGGGAACCGAGCCCUUCAGCAGGGAGUACUGGGAGUGCAGCAUCAGGCACACCACCACGACCGUGUACCAUCCCACGGGGUCCGCCAGGAUGGGACCCGUCGGUCAUCCCGAUGCCGUCGUCGAUCCUCGGCUCAAGGUCCAGAAGAUCCAGGGCCUCCGAGUCAUCGACGCUUCCGUCAUGCCGGACAUGCCCAGCGGGAACAUCAAUGCUCCGACUAUCAUGAUCGCCGAGAAGGGAGCCGACCUUAUCAAACGGGAAUGGCUGCGGAAGGACGAGCUUUAGGGGUCCAACGAUCCGACCCUUCUCUUAGUCCGCUAGAUAUCUUGUAGCGCCGUUCAUAUUUUUUAAUACAAUUAACGGGCACCGCAAUGGCGUCCACGAUCUCUUCGGAACAAAUCGAUCGACGUCCUAAAAAUAGAAAAAAUAGAAAUUUGGCCCCCCAGCGAAGGACAACGUUCCCGAGAAAUUUUUCUUCUUCCGAACCGCGAUAUUGCCUUAGCUAUAUACAUCUUUAGCCACCGGACGCGCGGUUAAAUAAUGCGAGCGACCGCAACCGGGGACUUAGGAAAAGUUUCCGGCACGAAAAGUGCAUCCGGAUCGGGUUCUUAUUUGGAUUCUUUUGAUUAUGGAUCCAAGGUGAAAGUACCUACUAUGAGAAAAAAUCGUCAGACGCGAGUCGCGACUCGGAUCAGCGAGCUGUAAAAUCCGAAAGUGAGCGAUUUGUUUUUGUUCUUAUCAACGACGACCCGACGUCUCUCCGUCCCUCGACGCAAAGUAGAAAAAGUACUUUUUAUUCGUCAAAUUUUCAUCGGUCCUCGCCCCACUUCCGUUCCUCUCAGUUCCCUCGCUGAAAUCCCGACCGAAACAAUGUGCAAAAAUUAGAGAAUAUUUUCAAUAAUUAGAAAUAAACGGACGUCGGGGUGAGAAAAAACAUUUAGAAGCGACCGACUUUUUUUUUUACAAAUCUCACAUUUUUUUGUUACAAACGUUGAUAUUUUUUGCAAUCAUCGACGGCGCGCCGGGUCCAUCCAGCUGUCGCGUUAGAUCGUCAAGAUGAACGUGAGAAUAAAAAAAUAUGAAAAAUAUAAAAAUAUGAAAAAACGGCACUCGGGUGAAAAUCCGGGAAAAUUGCGCGAUUACGCGAUUACUCGGUUAUGCGAUUACGUGUGGCAAGCGCUUUAGGGCCCGUUCCCCGUUGAUGGGAUAGGAAAGGCACGGAGCGAGAAUUUGGUCGGGCGAGACAGCUCGUAAAGUAGGGAAGGCGAAACAACGCCAUUGCCGACUAGAGGGGUAACCUACUCGAGCACAGGCUCCGAGAUAAUUCCGAACGCUCUUGUCCCGUUACGAGCUUUUUACGGGGCGCGACUAGCCGACACCCUGCAUUCUCGAGCGACCGCUCCGACGACGAGGACUGCCCGACCGAUGUGUGACAGUGAACGUUUCGGUAUUUCAAAUUUCAAGGAUAAUCUCAAGAAAUUUCUCCAAUUUUUCAAAAAGAAUUCCCGAGUUCGGAUUUCUUGCCUCGCGUUAGCGCAAAGCUCUGGGGAAUCCAUUCACGACCAACGCGUGAUAGCGAACGUCGAUUCGGUUUCAAGGAACAUUUUUUACAAAGUUCGAAAAUUUUGGGAAGUCUUCGUUACGACCAGCGUGUAAUAGUGAAUUUCGGUGUAUCUUAAAUUUCCAGAGAAAUGAAGAAAUAACUGGAAAAAGUCUGGAAGUCUUGAUAUUUUCCGCCGCCAUAUAUCAUUUCGUUGUCGCUGGGAGUGUUACGACGUUCAUGACUCGUAAGACGAUCAUUUUUCUUUUACAAUUUGUGAAUUACGGAUGAGGAAUAAACCGUGAACAGGGGUAAGGGACCCGAUAGGCAGGGGAAAGAAGCGAUAACUCGCCGGCGGGGAAAUCAAAGAAGGGUGUCGUCGGAAGUGUGAAUAUAAAAUAGAGGUAUGUAAUUUACGCGAUGCGAUUAUUCGAUAAUGAUACGUUUAUUCGUUGAGCCGAGCGAACCGAAUCUCCCGUUUCGCGUUUAAAGAGCGCUUCUACUUACUGGGCUCGUUUUCUGUCGAUUACCGGAGUCGAGGUAGCGAUUAAAUCCGGGAUUUUCCUACAAGGCAUUCGGUCGGCAUGGAAAGGGUAAUUGGUCGGGAUGAAGUACUAAAAUAAAUUAAUAAGCGACGUGGAAUCGCAAAAGACGGCCAACGAAGCGAGCGCCGCGGGUUCCGAGAUGUCCGAAGUUCCAUUUCCGGUUAAGUUCAAGGGUUUUAAAAUAAAAAUGUUCAUUAAGUGACGUUCGAUAUCAAGAGUCGUUAAAGAGAAACUUAUGUCCGUGCACGUUAAUUUUAGGAACUGGAGGAACGAAUUUCCAAAAUGUCGUGGGUGCCACCUAACCUAGCAGAGUUGUGUUCUCCAUACUCGACGGUAUCGACGUGCCAGCCAUCGGCUUUCAUGUUCCUGGCUUUAAUUGCUCGUCUUUUCGGCCAGUCGAAGGAUUCCGGCCAUUUGCAAAAGCCUUUGCAGAGCGGUGUGCAAGAAAACUGCAAACUCGCCGCCGCGGAAAAUCAACAUGGUCGCCCGUACAUAAUCUACGGACAGACGGCAACGACACCCUUGUUCGGGUACUUUCUAAACCCCUCUCCGCUCUUGCAAGGUCCAGGCACGGACCAUCGAAACGUCCUACAAACUCCGAGUCACUAUUUAAACCCAAAAUUGGGCCCGGAAACGAGUAGUCU